AUCCCAAAAUUUUCAAUUUUCACAAAACAUUCCUCUUUCAAUAUUUCACCGCACCGCCACCGCCACCGCCACCGCCGCCGCGACAUGUCCUCCCAACCCUCCCCUUCCCCUCCUCCCUCCCCCUCCCCCUCCCCCCGCCGCCUCCCCUCGGACAACGAGAAUCCCGCGCCGCCCGCCUCCCCCGCGAAGCCGGACUCCCCGUCGGGGCCGCCGUCUCCGCCGCCGCAGAAGACCCCCGCCUUCCCCAGCCGCGAGGACUGCUGGUCGGAGGAGGCGACGCGCACGCUGAUUGAGGCGUGGGGGGCCCAGUACCUCCACCUCAACCGCGGCAACCUCCGCCAGCAGCACUGGCGCGCGGUCGCCGACGCCGUCAACGCCGCCCACAACGCCAAGCUCCGCCGCACCGACGCGCAGUGCAAGAACCGCAUCGACACCACCAAGAAGAAGUACAAGAUCGAGAAGUCCAAGGCCGUCCAAUCCGGCGGCCGCUACGUCCCCGCCUGGCCCCACUUCCACAGCCUCGACGCCCUCAUCGGCGAUUCCUUCUCCAAGACCGCCGCCGCCGCCGUCAACGUCAACGCCGGCCACAGCAAGAAUCUCCGCCGGCGAAUCUCCCCACCGCCGGAGAUCUCGCCGUCCCCGUCCCCUUCGCCGUCGCCGGAGCCGUUCCCCUCCGGCCGGAAAGUUUCGCCGGCGAUCCGCCGGCCGUCGAGGGAUCCGGCCGUGAGCCAACUGCUGAGCCUCCCGUGGUCGGUGCCGGUGGGGCCCAGGUCGAAGCGGUCCGGCCCCGGCAGCGUCACGGAGCGGAAUUUCUCCGUGAUGGCCGCGGCCGCGGCCGCGAUGGAGGCCGAGCAGGACGAGGAGUACUACGACAACGACCCCGAGGAUGAGAGCGGCGGAGGGCGGCGCCGCCGGCCGGCGGCGGGUAGGAAGCGGAAGGCGGCGGAGCGGACGGGGCUGCGGGAAGGGUACCGGAUGUUGGCGGCGGCGAUAAUGAGUUUGGGGGAAACGUACGAGAAAGUGGAGGUGGCGAAGCAGCGGCAGAUGGUGGAGUUUGAGAAACAGAGGAUGCAAUUUGCGAAGGAUUUGGAGCUGCUGAGAGCUCAGGUGCAACUCGACAACCUCAAGCGCGUCCAAUGCACUUCCCAAAAUAACAGUUACUUGUAGGCGUGGCAGCAAGAUUUGGCAGUGAUGGGCUCUGAUGAUUUUGGGAAAUACAAAUAGAUCUUGAUUAUUAGUAGCUAUGAAUAUACGUACAGGGUUGGCUAAUUUUAGAUAAUCUAUAGUUACUAGGUUUGCAACUAUGUUGGUCCAAUACUUUUGUGGGAGUAGUAUAUUUGUGAAAGUGUUUCUUUGUUUUUAACUUAGCCAAGGGGAAUAUUAUCUAGUAGUAUUAAAUUAGUUCUCGGUUCGCUCA